AGUUUUGUGCAAGUUGUUCUUGUGCUAAGUGGUUGUCACAUAAACAAAGGAAGCUACUAGUUUCUCUCUUCUUCCUAUAAAUUGGUUGCAUUCACUCUUAGUAAGUCUUCAUCUUGUCGUUGCUUGUGACAAAGCCAUUUGAGCACUGCUUUUAGAAUUCCAGCAAUUACGAAACAAGUUUAAGUUAAGACAAGACUCCCCCUCAUUCCAUACUUGAACUAAAUUAGGUUCAAAAUGAAGCAUUCUCUUGUGACAUUACUUGUAUUCUGCAUUUCUUUGGUUUGCUUCUUUCUUUCCACCCAAGCUAGAUGGCAUAACCAUACAAAAUACAAGCAUAUUCGUCACCCUCACAAACUAUCCAAUAUUUCACAACCUCCAUCUCCUGCACCUGCGCCUUCUGACCCAUCCAAUGAUGGGAAUUCCCAUGAUUCUACUGGUUUAUUUAAUGUACGAAACUUUGGUGCUGUCGGGGAUGGUGUAGCAGAUGACACAGAGGCAUUUAAGAUGGCGUGGGACACAGCAUGUCAGAGUGAUUCGGCAGUAAUUCUUGUUCCCAAUGGUUUCUCCUUCAUGAUUCAGUCAACAAUUUUCACAGGCCCUUGUCAAGGUGGCCUAGUCUUUCAGAUUGAUGGAACUCUUAUGCCCCCGGAUGGACCUGAUUCCUGGCCAAAGAAUAACAGUAGGAGACAGUGGCUGGUCUUUUACAAAAUCAAUGAAAUGUCACUUCAAGGAAGUGGCCUAAUAGAUGGGAGAGGAGAAAAAUGGUGGAAUCUUCCUUGCAAACCCCACAAGGGGAUUAAUGGAACAACAGUGCCUGGACCAUGUGAUAGCCCCAUUGCCAUGAGGUUCUUCAUGAGCUCCAACUUGAGUGUGAAAGGGCUCAAAAUAAAGAAUGGCCCCAAGUUCCACUUCAGAUUUGAUAAUUGCAGAAAUGUCCAUGUCGAAUCAAUUUACAUAACAGCACCUGCCUCAAGUCCCAACACUGAUGGGAUUCACAUAGAGAAUACAAAUGAUGUCAGAAUAUAUAAUUCAGUCAUUUCUAAUGGAGACGAUUGUGUGUCGAUUGGAUCAGGUUGUUAUGAUGUAGACAUAAGGAACAUCACAUGUGGACCUGGUCAUGGAAUCAGCAUUGGGAGUCUAGGCAAUUACAACUCGCAUGCCUGUGUUUCCAAUGUUACUGUUAGAGACUCAGUAAUUAAAGUUUCAGACAAUGGAGUUAGAAUCAAGACAUGGCAAGGUGGAUCAGGAGCUGUAUCCGGAGUAACAUUCAGUAAUAUUCACAUGGAUAAUGUCCGGAAUCCGAUUAUAGUUGAUCAAUUCUACUGCCUCACCAAGGCGUGCACCAACCAAACCUCAGCAGUUUUUGUGUCAGACAUAUUAUACAAAAACAUAAAGGGAACCUAUGAUGUUCGAAACCGGCCAAUGCGUUUUGCCUGCAGUGAUUCUGUCCCAUGCACCAACUUAACACUCUCAGAUGUUGAGCUUCUUCCUGCUCAAGGAGAUAUAGUAUUAGACCCACUCUGUUGGAAUGCUUAUGGAGAUCUGCAAACACUAACAAUUCCACCAGUCUCCUGCUUGUUGGAGGGCAAUCCCCAACCCAUCUUAACCAAGGACAUAGAGAGUUGCUGACUAACUAGAUUCAUCUAUAAGGCUUAUCCAUGUAUGUUUGAAAAAGGAAUCAUGGAUUUAUCGUGAUGGUAAAAUCUUAUCAUGCGAUUAUUGAGGAGAGUGGUGUUUUAUGUAA